AUGUUGAAAGUAAAUUUGGUUGUAUUUUGCGUUCUGGUCGUAUCUGUGUGUGGGAAAAAUGUUUUCGACCAGGUAGGACUGUGCAGGGGAUAUGGGUUUGUGUUAGGUUUAAAAAUUGUGGUCAUUGGAUUGUGUUAUAGUUGGAAAUGUUAUCGUACUAUACGUAUAGCUAUAUUGUAGUACACUUUCAUUGUAUAAAGCCAUGAUAGGUUUAUAAAGCUUGUGAAUAUAAGGUAAAAAAAUAAGUUAAGGUUUGGAUAAUCGUAUUUUGAAGAUUGGUGACAAUAAAAAAUGACAAGGGUUGAAGAAAUUGUUUUAGAUAACAAAGAAAGGAGAUACGAUCAUAAAGGAGGCCAGGACUAAUCGUAUGAUUAGAGAAUGUUCUUGUGACGAAGAAAGUUAUUGUAUUGGAUCAAUCAAAGGAGAAGUGUUCGACUGUUUUGAAGAUUGUUGGUCUGGUGUUAAAUCUGUAAGCUUGAAAGUAGUUUUAAACCAUUAGUUUAACAAUAGAAUCAAAAGAAUGACUUUUAUUAUAAGACAGACAACUUGUGAAUAAUAUUAUUGUACUAAUUGUAUCAUAACUCUAAGUUCAUGUGAAUUAAUUAUUAUUUCCCAUAAUGACUUUAUAGAUUACUGAUCAGCCCGAUCAAUUAAAACAGUGUUUGAAGGACAAGGCUUACAUCAUCGAUCAAAUCAUUAACUGUUUACAUGAAAAAGCCCAAAGGUAAGCAGCAAAAUUAGCGCUAAGUAAGCCUUAAGUAUUUUAAGUGGCUAACAUUUUUGGAGUUAAUUAAUAGUCGCCAAACUACCGUAAUCUUUUGCAUUUUUUAGGUUAAAUUAUGGUUUUGAUUGUUUAUGUUUGAAGUUUAAUCAAUGUCUUCGAUCAAAUGUAAUGAGAAAACAAGUUAAACUUGGCUUUAAAGAUACUUUGUCACAAAAACAACAUCAAAAAGGUUAAAAGUAAACAACAAUAUAAUAGCUGCUAUGACGAAAAAGUCACUUUCGAAUAAUUUUAAAAUAUAACUAUGAUAAUGAUAGCUAUGACAAUAUUCACAAUGGAAGUUUUAGCUGCGUGCCAGGAAUGGACGGUCCAGAAAUCCAUUACCUUGACAUAAACAAGAUCAUCAAGAGUGCUGAUACCCAGAUUCAUGUUCAAGCAGACAAGUUCACAAAAACCUUACCAUCAAGUGCCAAAGACUUGUUGGAGGCUGCUGUUACUGUAGGAACGUGUGUUAAAGAAUGUUUCCAGGAAAAGAACAAGGAAGGAUAUUGUUUUGAUGACAAAAAGUAAGCAGUUCUGAUAUGGAUAACAUUGAUUAUAAUAUUAAAACUUCAUAAUCAUUAUUUAAAAAAGUAAAAGGACGUUCCCUGGGAAAUCUACAGUGUAGUUAAAACACAAAAUUUAAAAAAAUAUAAGUAGUAUUGAUGACAAACUAUAAUAUUAUACGAAAACACUUAUCAGUGGGCUUGAUGGGAAUGCAAAUUUCAGAUGUCAACCAAAGAUUGAAUCCAAAGAAAUGAGAAGCGCUUUGAAAAAGUGUUCCAAGGAGCUGGAAUGGCAAAAAGAAGCAGCCGAAAUGUGUGAUUGCUUCUUCAAGGCUGGUGUUAAGUAAGUACUUCAAGAAAAACUUUUUCAAAAUUGAACGUACUGGUCACUAAAACGUAGAUUUUGUUCUUACCAUAAUUAAAACAGUAUUAGAAAGCCAUUUACCUACUUUACCCAAAAAUUUUCCCCACCUAACCUAUACCUCAAUAUAUACACCACAAAUUAAAAUAAACUUUGCAGCCGAGUCCAACAAUACUGUGACAUGAUACACUCGAUGAAUCGUCACAAAAUCAAUUGA